AUGGCAUUUGAUCGAUAUUCGGCCAUCUGUAACCCCUUACGUUAUACAUCUAUAAUGGACCUGAAGUGUUGUCUGUCUCUGGCAGCUUUGUCCUGGUCUUUGACCCUGCUGGUAAUAUCUGUGAAAAUCACUAAUGUAUCUCUUUUACAGUUUUGUGGACCAAAUGUUAUUCACCAUUUCUUCUGUGAUCUUUUUCCUCUCUUACAGCUUUCAUGUUCAGACACCUCUAUAUUUCAAAUGCAAAUUACAAUUAUCGUCAUAACAUUGGUCAUUACACCAUUAAUUCUCAUAGUUACAUCAUAUACUUGUAUUAUUUCCUCCAUAUUAAAGAUCCAGUCACUUACCAGGAGACUUAAAGUUUUCUCCACAUGCAGCUCCCACCUGACUGUAGUUUGCAUAUUUUAUGGGACAUUAUGUGGUAUCUACAUACUUCCUAACAAAGGACAAGCAUUCAGUAUCAGUACGGCCUUUUCCCUCUUUUACGCAGUGGUAACUCCCUUAUUAAACCCCAUAGUAUACUGCCUCCGAAAUAAGGAGCUAAAUACAGCAUUUAAAACAACCAUUCAACGAAUAUCAAUUUGCACUGAGCAUAGAUAG